UUCCAGGAAGAGGCAAAGGCUGAAGCUGCCGAGGCACUUAUCGAUGACGUUGAUGAUAAGGGUCGUCCUAUUCAACGACCUGGCAUUCUCACGGAUGCGCUGCCAAACCCAUAUCCCAACGUGAAGGCUGCCGCUGCAGCGAAUAACGAGCUGCUCCGCCGGGAUUUGUCAUUAAUGUCUCUGGCUAGACACGGAGGUGAUGACUACAUCUUCGCUCUGCUAACGGGAUACUUUGAUGCUCCAGCAGGUAUCAAGGUUGAUGACGGAAAAGCAUAUAAUCCAUACUUCCCAGGUGGAGUCAUUUCUAUGCCUCAGCAGCUCUACGAUGAAGGAAUUGAGUACAAGGAUGGAACGCCGGCUACACAGUCGCAGCAAGCCAAAGACGUAGCUACAUUUAUGCAUUGGUGUGCAGAGCCAUACCACGACAUCAGAAAGCGAUGGGGAUUGAAG